AUGGUACAGUUUCCAUAUUUUACGGAGAUCAUUGCUGAAAUUCAAAAUUCUGCAAAUAAAUUGAAACAACAUAUUAUUGAUAAUCCUGAAAUUCAAAAUUUCGCAAAUAAAGUGAAAGAAAAUACUGUUGACAAUCCUGAAGUUCAAAAUUUCGCAAGUAAAGUGAGAGAAAAUAUUGUUGACAAUCCUGAAGUUCAAAAUUUUGCAAAUAAAGUGAAACAAACGAUUGUUGAAGUGAGAGAAAAUAUUGUUGACAAUCCUGAAGUUCAAAAUUUUGCAAAUAAAGCGAAACAACAGGUUGUUGACAAUCAGCUAGCAUUAGAAAAAAUCAUUAUAAAAAGUCAAAAAUCUGUAAAUAAAGCGAGACAACAUUUUAUUGAUAUUCAGCCAGAAUUAAUAAGAAUAUUUACUGAACCAACACUAAAAAAGGUUGUUGGAUCAUUAGCUAUUGGUUAUUUAAUAGGCGAACCAAUCAUUUAUGGUUUGCUAUAUGUAAUAGGAUUUCGUAAAAUAGGUAUCUCAAAAUAUUCAACUGCAGCAUGGUUGAUGUCAUUUCAUGGAGGUGCUACACCUCCAGGUGGAAUUGUCGCUAAUUCUCAAUCGGCUGGGGCAGGUGGCUUACGCUUUGUUGGAAAAAUUUUGACAACCCUGGUUGGUGGUGCAUUUGUGUUUUAUGCAAUAAGUGCAGCUGAAGCAAUAAACAUUUUAUGCAAACGCCAAUGA